UUUUUGAAGUUCAGCAACUCUUAUUUCAUCUACUGCUUUCUGAAUCCGCUUUACGUGGAUGAAAUUUUGGAUUUAGUUGUUAGUUCGUUAGGAUAGUGUGACAACGACCAUACCACAUGAUUUAAUUUGUUUUUAUGCAUGUAAUAUUUGCAAUGAACCUUCUUUUAUUGUGCUGAAUUUUUCUUUUUCUGAUCCAUGGCAUUUUGUAAAACUGUGUUAAUGUUCAGUAAAACUUUUUUCCAGCUUGACUAGAAAGUAUGAACACUCUAUCAAGGGAUCCUGUUUACACUGGCUCAAGAACAUUUAUUUCUUGCAAGUUUGCUAGUCCCCCCCACCCAAGAUCUGCUGGAGAAAAGUCUCCACUCUUCUCUAUUAGACCUGCAGGACUAUCUGCAUCCAGCUCUUGAACUCUUGGAUUUGACUUAAUUUUUAAAAACUUCAAAUAAGACAAAACAACCAAGCUCUUCAAAGUAACUCGGUCCAACCCUUAGAUGCACAGGCCACAACUCCAAGUAACAUGAGCCCUGUUGUUCAUGUGGUUCAUUUUGCUUGCUGUUAUGACCUGAGUUUCUGAAAUGGUUUUACAAGAUCUGGAAUUUUUUAUCUUGAUUUUUGUUAAACUGUGACACCACUAUCAUAGUGUUAGCGGACAGUGUCCUCCCUGUAUUAUGCUGACCAUCAAUACAUUAGACUAUGACUACGUAUUUGCUUUUAAUUAGACCGCACAAGAUAAUUUUUGGGGAGUACAUAGGAACAUAACAUCUCUAUAUCACUUGAAGAAGAAAGCUUAUAUUUUCUUUUAAUCAUUGGCUUGAUGUGUUAUUUCCCCUUACUGAUAUUAUUUUCUAAUUUAUUUGUAUAACUACCCUACCAUACCGUUUCUCCAACGCUUCUAACCAAGCUCCUGCCCAUGGUGGGAUGAAUGGAUUAGACUGCCUGUUUCAAUGCCUGUGGCCUCAAGUCCUUAACCCUAGAAUUGCAAAGAGGUAUUGCAAACUUGCAAGCCAAUUUGUCAUCCGCACCCAGCUAGCAGCAUUGCCCAUCGGCCAACCUAACCAUGAACAAUUUGAAACUGGGAGUACAUGUGGUUAGUGCACAUGAUCUUAUGCCAAAAGAUGGCCAAGGAUCAUCAAGUGCAUUUGCUGAGCUUCAUUUUGAUGGACAGAAAUUCCGAACCACUGUCAAGGAAAAGGAUCUCAGCCCAGUUUGGGACGAGACCUUCUAUUUCAAUAUAUCUGAUCCAUCUGUCCUACCUCAUCUAGCUCUUGAUGUUUAUGUAUACAAUCAUAACAGAGCCACAAACUCAAGGUCAUUUCUUGGUAAGGUCUCUCUUAGUGGGACUUCAUUUGUUCCCCACUCUGAUGCAGUUGUCUUGCAUUACCCUCUGGAAAAGCGUGGCAUCUUCUCUCGCAUCAAAGGAGAGCUUGGUCUCAAAGUUUUUAUCACAAAUGAUCCAACCAUUAAGUCGUCCACUCCUGCUGCUGAAACUAAUGUAAUACACAACCAUGCUCAGGCUCCAAAAUCUGAAGUCAGACACACUUUCCGUCAUUUACCUAACACCAGCCAUUCUCAUUCUCAUGAUCAUUCCCAUUCCCAUUCUCAUUCUCAUCCGCAGCCUCAUCCUCAUCAAGACCAUCAACAUAAUCAUGGUGGUCCUGUGAACACUUCUCGUGAGGCAACUUAUCAAGAAGUUGAAGAAAUGAAAAUGAAAGCUCAAGCACCACCGCCCAAGAUUGUCAGGAUGCACUCUGCUUCUGCCGCACAACCAGUUGACUUUGCUCUCAAAGAGACCAGCCCAUACCUUGGAGGGGGACGAGUAAUUGGGGGACGUAUUGUUCAUGCUGAUAAAACUUCAAGCACAUAUGAUCUUGUGGAACGGAUGCAGUUCCUUUAUGUCAGAGUUGUUAAAGCCCAUGAUCUUCCUAAUAUGGAUCUUACUGGUAGUAUUGACCCUUUUGUGGAGGUGAGAAUAGGAAACUAUAAAGGUGUGACCAAGCACCUAGAUAAGAAUGAUCAUCCGGAAUGGAAUGUGGUGUUUGCCUUUUCAAAGGAUCGUUUGCAGGCCUCAGUUCUUGAAGUAAAGGUCAAGGACAAGGAUUUAAUUAAAGAUGAUUUCGUUGGCAUUGUAAGAUUUGAUUUGCAUGAGGUGCCAAGCAGGGUUCCCCCAGAUAGUCCAUUAGCUCCUCAAUGGUACCGUCUUGAGGAUAAGAAGGGUGAAAAGGUAAAAGGUGAAUUAAUGCUUGCUGUCUGGCUUGGUACUCAAGCUGAUGAAGCAUAUUCAGAAGCAUGGCAUUCAGAUACAGCUGGUAUUGAUAUUCAGUCUUCUGCUGCUUCAGCACUUCUGCGCUCAAAGGUUUAUCAUGCCCCAAGGCUGUGGUAUGUACGUGUUAAUGUUAUUGAAGCACAGGAUUUGAUACCUAAUGAAAAAAACCGAUUUCCUGAAGUUUUCUGCAAGGCACAGAUUGGUCACCAAAUUAUGAAGACUAAACCUGUUCAGGCUCGUACACUGAACUCCCUUUGGAAUGAGGAUCUACUGUUUGUUGCAGCAGAGCCCUUUGAUGACCAUCUGGUUCUCACUGUUGAGGAUCGUGUGGCUCCUGGUAAAGAUGAGAUCAUUGGAAGAGUUAUCAUCCCCUUGACUCAAGUCGAUAGGCGUGCAGAUGACCGGCUCAUUCCUUCUCGGUGGUUUCAUCUUGAGAAGCCGGUUGCUGUGGAUAUUGACCAACUGAAGAAAGAGAAGUUUGCGAGCCGGCUUCAUAUUCGUGUGUGUUUAGAUGGAGGUUACCAUGUUCUUGAUGAGUCCACUCAUUACAGCAGUGAUCUUCGCCCCACAGCAAAACAGCUCUGGAAGCCUACUAUAGGUGUCUUAGAAUUGGGCAUAUUAAGUGCUGAAGGACUCCACCCGAUGAAAACAAGGGAUGGGAGAGGUACAUCAGAUACGUAUUGUGUUGCGAAGUAUGGUCAUAAGUGGGUCAGAACAAGAACACUGGUUGACAGCCUCUCUCCAAAAUACAAUGAGCAGUAUACUUGGGAAGUUUUUGACCCUGCAACCGUUAUAACAGUGGGUGUGUUUGACAACUGUCAAAUUGGAGGGAAGGAAUCAAGUGGAGUGCACAAGGACGUCAAGAUAGGGAAGGUACGGAUACGUAUCUCUACCCUUGAAACUGGCCGUAUCUAUACACAUUCAUAUCCCUUGCUUGUUCUUCAACCAAACGGAGUUAAAAAGAUGGGGGAGCUGCAUUUGGCUCUUAGGUAUUCCUGCACUUCAUUUGCGAACAUGAUGUAUCAGUAUUCACGUCCCCUCUUACCAAAAAUGCACUAUGUUAGACCCUUCACAGUAAUGCAGCAGGACAUGCUACGUUUUCAAGCCAUGAAUAUAGUUGCUAUGAGGCUUGGCCGAGCAGAACCUCCACUCCGAAAGGAGGUGGUGGAGUACAUGUCUGAUGUGGAUGCCCAUCUCUGGAGCAUGCGGAGAAGCAAGGCAAAUUUCUUCCGCCUCAUGUCAGUCUUCUCAGGAUUAUUUGCUGUUGGUAAAUGGUUUGGUGAUGUAUGCAUGUGGAGAAAUCCUAUAACCACAGUCCUCGUGCACAUUCUCUUUCUUAUGCUCGUUUGCUUUCCCGAGCUGAUCUUGCCUACAGUCUUCCUCUACAUGUUUUUGAUCGGGAUUUGGAACUAUAGGUACCGCCCUAGGUACCCUCCACAUAUGAAUAUUAAGAUCUCACAGGCUGAUACUUCCCUUCCUGAUGAACUUGAUGAGGAGUUUGACACUUUCCCAACUAGCAAGAGUCCGGAGCUUGUGAGAAUGAGGUAUGAUCGGCUGAGGAGUGUGGCUGGAAGGAUUCAAACCGUGGUUGGUGAUGUUGCAACUCAAGGUGAGCGGUUCCAGGCUCUCUUAAGCUGGCGGGAUCCACGUGCUACAGCCAUCUUUGUGACGUUCUGUCUUGUUGCUGCUAUUGUGCUGUAUGUUACUCCAUUUCAAGUGAUUGCUGCUUUAGCUGGGUUCUACGCCCUGAGACAUCCUAGGUUUCGUUAUCGCUUGCCUUCAGUGCCCAUCAACUUCUUCCGUCGUCUGCCUGCUAGGACUGACAGUAUGCUGUAGAUUUGAGGUCAGAUUAUUUAAGGCAUGUCCUAGAUCUUGCUUUAACUUUUGAUUUUUAAGUUUUUGUGUAGUUUUUUUUAGUGGUUUGCCUUUACAGCAAGCAUUUUGUACAAUAAUAAACCGUACAACCAUAUGAGUAAAUUAACUAUGAAGUGCUUGUGGGUUUCCUUUCUGAAGUGUUGUCUACCCUAACAGAAUAGAUUGGAAAUUUGUGCUA